AUGCCUUCUCUGCGAGUCGCCGUCUGUCUUCUGGUUUGCGCUUGCGCAGCUUUUGCCUUCCAAUGUUACUCUGGUCAAACCACAUCAAAUAGUCACCCAAGCAGCACAACGGAUUGCACUGGUUCAUAUUGCACAAAAAUCGCUGUCAAAACAGAUAGUGAGACAACGUACAACUAUGGAUGCGAUAUGACAAAAGUUUGUGCUAAAGAAGGCUGCUACUCUGGUGUUAGUGGAGCUCAAGUUUGCUGUUGCGGAUCAAAUCUUUGCAAUUCAUCCACGAAGCUCUCAGGGCUCUUUGCACUCGCUCCAAUAGCUUUAAUAAAAAUCCUUGCUUUCUGA